AUGGUAGGCAAGCCGCCACAACACCGCCACCACCAUGGCUCCUCCUCACAUGGUGGGGCAGAGGAGCUCAACCUCUUGCACAUGGCCAGGGGCUCCCCGCCGCCGCCGCCAGACGGUGGCGGCGAGAGACGGGGCGCGCUGGGCCAGUGGAAGUGCAGGCUGCUGGGCUCCCUCCGCCCGCGGCGCGCGCGCUGCGUGGUGUGCCUGCAGGUGCAGCACGUCACCGGCCUGCCCCCAGCCGCGGAGGGGCGCGGGGUGGUGGUGGGGUGGCGGAGCAGGGGCGGCGAGCAAGGGGAGCACACGGCGCCGGCCCGGGUGGCGCGGGGCGCCGCCGCGUUCGACGAGGUGUUCCUGCAGUACUUCACCGUCGGCGGCGCCACGCUGCGGGGCUUCACCGUGUGGGCAGCGCUCCUCGACGCGCCCGCCGAUAAUGGGGAUCUUGGCGCGUUCCCCGUCGACCUCGCCGAGGUCGCGGCCACCGCGGCGGAGACCUCCAACCCCAGCAAGUUCGGAGGCAAGGCGCUCAGCUUCCCGCUGGGCGGGGCGGCGGCCGGUGCGGUGCUCACCGUCAGCGUCUACUGCAGAGUGAUGGAUCAGCACGAGGACAACCAUGGGGCUGCUAACAAUGGUCAAGCAAGGGAGAAGAAGAACAAGGGCAAAGCAGGCUCCUACGCCUCUUGCCUGCCGGACCUGAGCUGCCUCCGCAACCGGCAGGUGGCGGCAGCGGCGGCAUCCGGCGGUUUGGCGCGCCGUGCCACGUCCAUCCGCUCUGACCGUGGCGGCUUCAUCACCAUCGAGAACUCGAUGGCCGAGAUGGACGGCGGCGGGGCCGGGACGGCCUUCGGCGUGGCGGCGGAGGACGUGGACGAGGAGGAAGGCGCGGGGUUCAUCACCAUGGAGAAGAGCAGGGUGUCGUCGAGGUCGUCGAGCCGGCCGCUGCCGCCGGACACGGUGGAGGAGGAGGAAGAGGAGGAGGAGGACGAGAAGCCGUGCCUGUUGAUGGAGCUGUCGUCGGAGGAGGCGGCGUCGGCGGCGGACGUGGAGAAGGUGGAGGACGAGUUCCUGGCGAUGCUGGAGGACAGGUACUGGGCCAGGAGCAAGGAGAUCGAGAAGGGGCUGGGCGUGAGCCUGGACAUUGGGCUGGACCUGGGUCUGGACCUCGACUCGCUCAUCAAGGACGCCGAGAUGGAGCUCGCCAAGGCGGAGCAGUCGUGGAAGAGCAAGGUCGGCGCCGCCAUCGUGGAGGAGGAGGAGUACAAGGAGCUCGUCCGGAGGUGGAGCGCCAGGGAGGCCAGCCACCACUCUGCUGCUGCUGCGGCUGCCGCCACCGGCUGCUCCUGGGGCUUUGGAUUCGGGAGCCCAAUCUGAAAAUGGACUUGGAUGGAUGCCUCCGUUCUUGUUUUUCUGUCUACUCUACUUGAUCAUCAUGCACGUUUAAUGUUAUAUAUAUAUAUGUGGAUGAACAUGUUGAUUCAAUCAGAAAUGUAUUGUAAUUUGGCUGAUGCAAUGUAAUAUUGAGAAAAUUAAAGCCUCGUUUGGUACACAACACUAUUUUUCUGGUGGAGUAGUGUUUUUUUUAAAAAAAAAAAAAUAGCUCCACUAGCAGCUCUGCUUGAACUUAUUAGUCAUGAAACAGUGUUUUUUUCUCAUCCGUCUUAUCAGCGGCAGAAACCAUCGGCCGAACAACUUUUUAUACUAGAUAUGAUAAUAUGAGUUAGGAGAAAAUACGUACUUUUAAUAGCCUUCUCUCUCCACCACGUCAAAUCCUGAGCACAAUCAGCAAUCAAAUUGAUUGCUCAAAUCGACUAGUUAGGGACACCCUAAAGGAUGGAAAAGAAUCCAUGCAAGACCUCAAAUUCAACCGCUUCUUGUUUCAAGCUCACUCACGACAUCGCCAUGCCUACCUAAACUCAG